AAAAAAGAAAAAAGAGAAAGAUUAAUAUUUUUAGAUCUAGGAUGGUAUGCACCCCACUCCAAACAAAGAAUAACAGAAAAUACAAGUGGGAUGGGAACAAAAGCUGGUGCCUUGCCUACACCGAACCCCAUCAGGCCUUGCGUACGUAUUCGCAUACGUACAGCGGUUGAGCCACACCCACCACGCUACAGUCGCUUCCCACCCGGUACGGGCUAGGCAACUGAAAUUCGUCCUAUAUUAAAACAACCAGGCUCCAGCCAGCACGGAAUUGAAUUUUUCCUAUUUUUGUUUCCUACUUUUUUUUGUUCUAAACCCCAAGUUACAAACACAGUAUCAAAGCAACAACAUCUUCCCCUCCCCUUCCCCCAAAGCUAAAACUGUUUGGCAGUCUUCAAACGCACGCUAAACCUGACGAGGAGCACUGUGCUUGUCUCAGGUACCAAAGCGCUUCUAUACCUCUCAGUGGCUGAACCCCACCCUGCUGCUGCGCCAGUGCCGCUAGCCUGUAACUGCUCAAGCUUUGGGGUCUCGGCUGGUAAUCUGUUAUUUUCCCGCUAGGAAAGCACGCCGCAAUUACGGUAGCAGGACCCAGCCUCGCCACGGUGAGCCGAAACUACGUGCCAAACAAACGUGCGCAUCAAUAUUACCUUGGAAUUUUCCUCACCCUUUUCCAUCUUCCAUCUUCAUCUCUUUUCCCCCAUUCUACCAACACUGCCGAUUUCCGAAUACCACGACCGAUAAACAUAUUCUUUUUUUCCGGAUCAUCUGUCGACUGUCGCCUUGCGCUUUCUACCCGUAACAAAACAAGCUUCCAUUUUAGGGGACACGAAUACCUCAACAGCUAGCUACCAUGUCGCUCGCAGACGAGUUCCGAACCCGCAAUUUCAGCAUUUACGGCCAAUGGUACGAUUCUUUGAUUCUCGCAGACUAAUGCGGAAGAUCAACAACCUCCUUGUAAUGGCGCUCCGGACGGCAGAGCUGUUCAAGCCGAUGCGCAUCACCAAAUUCUACGCAGAGUCGAUGAGAUUAGUAUUCGAACAUUUAUCUAACCCAACUUCUAUGUAGGCUCGGUAUCCUGUCGAUGAUUCUGUGCUUUGCUCUCGGCAUCUCCAACAUCUUCACAUCCCUGUUCUGGCCUCCCCUCAUUGUAUUUUGCGCUUUAGCCCUCGCAUCGGCUUUCCUCAUCCUAUUCAUUGAGGUACCUCUCCUUCUCCGCAUCUGCCCUACCUCCAGCGGCUUCGAUGGCUUUGUCCGCAAGAUCUCCAGCAACUACCUCCGCGCCGCCGCCUAUGGCGUCAUGGGUGCCCUUCAAAUCAUAAGCAGAGUUGCAGGAUCUAGCAGCUUGAUUGCUGCCGGCGUCUUCCUUCUUCUGACUGCCAUCUGCUACUUGAUUGCUGGCGUCAGAGGCCAGGACUUUGUUGGCAGCAAGACUCUGGGCGGCGCUGGUGUUGCUCAGAUGAUUGUCUAAAUGAUACCCGCCUUUGCCAAGAGUACACCGCCCCGGUUGAACAACAAUAUCCUUCUGACAGUCCCUUCGGAUGUCGGAAUGGAUGUUACUGCGGAAAUGUGGCUCUCUCGUUGGCUUUGGGCAUAACAAGAACGACCAGCUUUUGUUUUGAUUCAAUGUUUGGCAAGUAUCAUUGCCUAGUAUGAUCAGUACGAUUUUAUGUUCCAACUGCUGCUAGCAGUAGUUAUUUUGACUUUUCUUUCAAGACUGGUGUGCGCAGUGAGGAGCGGAAGCUUUACAGAGUUGCUUGUAUGGCAUAAGUGGGAUUUGCCUGUGGCGCCAUGCAUUUAGAAUAUUUAUUUAAUUAGCAAGAGAUUAAAAGAACGCGAGCAGUAGUGAGAGACUUGAAGCCGGAGCUAGCUGGCUGUCAGCUCAUCUACUGCUGCCUUUAGAACC